AUGAAAAGCAGGGAAGAUUCAGUUUCAAUAAGAAGUGAUGAAUAAUCGUUGGAUUUAGAUUGCAGAAUUAUGAAACCAAAGUUUAAAUAGCAAGACUAUGAUACUUAUCAAACAGAAAUAACUACUUCAGUUUAUAAGAGAAUAAUGGAGAUUCAAUCUAGUUCGAAUGAGUAUAAAUUCAAAGCAUGUCAUGAAACUAUUUUUUCAACAAAUAAAUCUGAUUGUAAAAGAAAAUCGAGUGAUUUUUAAAUUUAAGAAUCAAAUGAAGAGCACACGAAAAAUGACAAAUAUGUAAAUUAAAACUGCGAUGAUUUACUGGGAAAAGAUAAGAAAAGAAAAAAAAGGUGUAAAAAAGGUUCUUUGUACUCUGUUAAAAGUCAAUCUCAAUCUCCAAUUUAGAAUCAGAAUUAAUAAAUCUAAUUAUUAGAAACAUAAUCAAAAAAAUCUCAAAGGUCUGUAUACAAAAGCUCAACCGUUAAUAAAUCAAAAAAAGGAAUGAGCAACUCCUAAGACAGACUGUUUGGGUAUUCCCUAGAUUAUCAACCCAUAAGAAUACAACAACGAUCCAAUCACUUUUUGACACAUUAAUUUGAUUAAUUUAAGGAUCCGAUCCAAGAAAAACUCAGUCUUAAUUAAUUGAAUAUAUAUUCAUUGAAUGAAAAUAAAUUAGGCUCAAUCUACAGGAAAACUAAUAAUUGCUUACUGAAUGCAUCACAACCCAAAAGCAUUUUAAAAAGCAAGUCUGUAUGCAGCGAAAGUAGCAACGGAGAGAACAGUAGCAGACACAAAUCAAUGAAGUCCUCUAUUUUUAAAAAAGUUACAUUCGAAUCAAUAAAAGGUUAAAAUAAUAUGAAAUAAUCUCUUCGCAACUAAUAACAAUUAAUAAUCAUAUAGUGA